CGGAGUCGUCCCGAGUUCCACUCCAAUCAGCGGCGGCGGCAAACCAAUCAAGAAGCCCAGCUGUGCCGUGCCCCCACCCCCACGUCCAGCGGUCGUUGAGCACCACCACACCAUCUCCGUCUCCGUCUCCGACGACGACAACGACAACGUCGUCAUGGGCAACAGCUUGCGGUGCUGCCUGGCCUGCAUGGUCCCCUGCGGCGCGCUCGACGUGGUCCGCAUCGUGCACCUCAGCGGGCACGUCGACGAGUUCAGCUGCCCGGUCGCCGCGGCCACCGUGCUCGCCGCGAACCCCAACCACACGCUCACCACGGCGUGGUCACCGUCCGGCGCGCCCGGGUGCGGCGGCAGGAAGCUCGUCAUCGUGUCGCCCGACUCCGAGCUCAAGCGCGGCCGCAUCUACUUCCUCAUCCCGUCCGCGACACUGCCGGCCGACCGGAGGAGCGGCAAGAAGCAGAACAGCAGCUCCAAGAAGAGCAGCAGCAGCGGCAGCAAGCGGCCGAGCCGCCGUCACGGCGCCAAGAAGAGCGCCGGCGACACGGCGGAGCAGGACAACUACCUGAGGGAGCUGCUCUCCGAGAAGACCGCGUCGAGCGGCGGCGGCCACCACCGGAGGCGGCGGAGCGGCGCCCGCGUCGGCGUGUGGAGGCCGCAGCUCGAGAGCAUCGUGGAGGAGGCCUCGGACUAGAUCGACCGACGGCUCCAAGAGCCUCGAUCUCCGAUCCCCUCUUUGGCUUCGCUUACUCAUAUUCUUUUGGUUUUCUUUCUGAUCUGCCGAUGUGAAUACCACCAUCGAUCGAGGACGACGAGUCUGUCUCCGGCCGGUUCUCACCUCUCGAUCCCCCCUCGACACGUUGUAUUGCCAUGUCCAGGGCUGAGCGGUCUUUAGUUCGGGAGAUGAGGGGAAAAUUGUGACAAAAUAAUGGCAACAGCCAUGACCUGUACAGAAAAGAUUUGGUUGAGUUCAUCCAAAAUUUCAAACA